AUGGUGGAGUACAGUCAAAAGAAACAGCAGCCGCCGCAACAGCCGGGAAAGCAGUCACCUGCACAGCAGCAACAGCAGCCGCAGCGGCGGCCGUGGAGGAAACAGCCUGGAAAGAUCGCGUUCCUGUUCAUGACACGUGGCCCGCUGCCUCUAGCCCCGUUGUGGGAAAAGUUCUUCAAGGGCCACGAGGGGCGCUACUCCAUCUACAUCCACGCGGCGGACCUGUCCUUCCGCUUCCCGCGCAACUUCUCCACGCUCUUCCGCGACCGCAUCAUCAAAAGCGGCAAGGUGGCGUGGGGCGAGAUGUCCAUGGUGGAUGCAGAGAGGCGGCUGCUGGCGGCGGCUCUCAAGGAGCGAACCAACCACCAAUUCGUGCUGCUCUCAGAGGCGUGCAUACCGCUGUGGGACUUCGACACCAUCGCCACCUACAUCAACUCAACUGCCAUCUCAUUCGUUGACGCCUACCACGACCCGUACAACAAGGCGUUUGAGCGCUACCUAUGGCACAUCUACAUGCCCGUUAUAAGGCGACGAGACUUCGUUAAAGGCAACCAGUGUCGUGCUGUGCCGUGCUGUGUCGUGCUGUGUCGUGCUGUGCCGUGCUGUGUCGUGCUGUGUCGUGCUGUGCUGUGCUGUGCUGUGCCGUGCUGUGCCGUGCUGUGUCGUGCUGUGCCGUGCUGUGUCAUGCUGUGCCGUGCUGUGCCGUGCUGUGUCGUGCUGUGUCGUGCUGUGUCGUGCUGUGCCGUGCUGUGUCGUGCUGUGUCGUGCUGUGUCGUGCUGUGUCGUGCUGUGCCGUGCUGUGUCGUGCUGUGUCGUGCUGUGCUGUGCCGUGCUGUGUCGUGCUGUGCCGUGCUGUGUCGUGCUGUGUCGUGCUGUGCCGUGCUGUGUCGUGCUGUGUCGUGCUGUGCCGUGCUGUGUCGUGCUGUGCCGUGCUGUGUCGUGCUGUGCCGUGCUGUGCCGUGCUGUGUCGUGCUGUGUCGUGCUGUGUCGUGCUGUGUCGUGCUGUGUCGUGCUGUGUCGUGCUGUGCCGUGCUGUGUCGUGCUGUGUCGUGCUGUGCCGUGCUGUGUCGUGCUGUGUCGUGCUGUGCUGUGCUGUGCUGUGCCGUGCUGUGCCGUGCUGUGUCGUGCUGUGCCGUGCUGUGUCGUGCUGUGCCGUGCUGUGCCGUGCUGUGUCGUGCUGUGUCGUGCUGUGUCGUGCUUGCCCUGCUGUGUCGUGCUGUGUCGUGCUGUGUCGUGCUGUGUCGUGCUGUGCCGUGCUCUGUCGUGCUGUGUCGUGCUGUGCUGUGCUGUGCUGUGUCGUGCUGUGCCGUGCUGUGUCGUGCUGUGUCGUGCUGUGCCGUGCUGUGUCUUGCUGUGUCGUGCUGUGCCGUGCUGUGUCGUGCUGUGCCGUGCUGUGUCGUGCUGUGCUGUGCCGUGCUGUGCCGUGCUGUGUCGUGCUGUGCCGUGCUGUGUCGUGAUGUGUCGUGCUGUGCCGUGCUGUGCCGUGCUGUGUCGUGCUGUGUCGUGCUGUGUCAUGCUGUGCCGUGCUGUGUCGUGCUGUGUCGUGCUGUGCCGUGCUGUGUCGUGCUGUGUCGUGCGGUGCUGUGCCGUGCUGUGUCGUGCUGUGCCGUGCUGUGUCGUGCUGUGUCGUGCUGUGCCGUGCUGUGUCGUGCUGUGUCGUGCUGUGCCGUGCUGUGUCGUGCUGUGCCGUGCUGUGUCGUGCUGUGCCGUGCUGUGCCGUGCUGUGUCGUGCUGUGUCGUGCUGUGUCGUGCUGUGUCGUGCUGUGUCGUGCUGUGUCGUGCUGUGCCGUGCUGUGUCGUGCUGUGUCGUGCUGUGCCGUGCUGUGUCGUGCUGUGUCGUGCUGUGCUGUGCUGUGCUGUGCCGUGCUGUGCCGUGCUGUGUUGUGCUGUGCCGUGCUGUGUCGUGCUGUGCCGUGCUGUGCCGUGCUGUGUCGUGCUUGCCCUGCUGUGUCGUGCUGUGUCGUGCUGUGUCGUGCUGUGCCGUGCUCUGCCGUGCUGUGUCGUGCUGUGCUGUGCUGUGCUGUGUCGUGCUGUGCCGUGCUGUGUCGUGCUGUGUCGUGCUGUGCCGUGCUGUGUCUUGCUGUGUCGUGCUGUGCCGUGCUGUGUCGUGCUGUGCCGUGCUGUGUCGUGAUGUGUCGUGCUGUGCCGUGCUGUGCCGUGCUGUGUCGUGCUGUGUCGUGCUGUGUCGUGCUGUGUCGUGCUGUGUCGUGCUGUGUCGUGCUGUGUCGUGCUGUGCCGUGCUGUGUCGUGCUGUGCCGUGCUGUGCUGUGCCGUGCUGUGCCGUGCUGUGUCGUGCUGUGUCGUGCUGUGUCGUGCUGUGCCGUGCUGUGUCGUGCUGUGCCGUGCUGUGCCGUGCUGUGUCGUGCUGUGUCGUGCUGUGUCGUGCUGUGUCGUGCUGUGCCGUGCUGUGUCGUGCUGUGUCGUGCUGUGCCGUGCUGUGUCGUGCUGUGCCGUGCUGUGCCGUGCUGUGCCGUGCUGUGUCGUGCUGUGCCGUGCUGGGAGGUUGAGUGGGGGAUGAGGAGUGGAGGUGGGGGGGUGGCCGCAGCGUCCCCUCUUACUAACCCCCACAUCCCCACCCUCAAUCAACCAACCCCCUGUAACCUCACCCCCCAUUUCAACCGUCCCCUGGAACCGCACUCCCUCCCUCCUGUUCUUCCUCCAGACCCCUCCCCACCCACGAUGGUCCCUGUCCAGUUCUUCACAGGUGGGGCUGCUGGUCACAGGUGGGGCUGCUGGUCACAGGUGGAGCUGCUGGUCACGGGUGGGGCUGCUGGUCACGGGUGGGGCUGCUGGUCACAGGUGGGGCUGCUGGUCACAGGUGGGGCUGCUGGUCACAUGUGGGGCUGCUGGUCACAGGUGGGGCUGUUGGUCACAGGUGGGGCUGCUGGUCACAGGUGGGGCUGCUGGUCACAGGUGGGGCUGCUGGUCACAGGUGGGGCUGCUGGUCACAGGUGGGGUUGCUGGUCACGGGUGGGGCUGCUGGUCACAGGUGGGGCUGCUGGUCACAGGUGGGGCUGCUGGUCACAGGUGGGGCUGCUGGUCACAGGUGGGGCUGCUGGUCACAGGUGGGGCUGCUGGUCACAGGUGGGGCUGCUGGUCACAGAUAGGGCUGCUGGUCACAGGUGCCUGGUGCUGGCGGCUGGCGCUGGUGCUGGUGCCUGGUGCUGGCGGCUGGCGCUGGUGCUGGUGCCUGCAUUCCGCCGCCACUCCCUUCCCCCUUUCCCUCUCCCACCCGCAGCGUUCCGCCGCCAAUCCCUUCCCCUCCUCCCUCUCCCACCCACAGCGACCGCAGCUGCACACGCGAACAGUCGCGACGGGGGAGGGGGGGGGGUGACGAGCAGGGGGCCGGGGGAAUGCGACGGGCGGAGCGAGGCGAAGGGAAGGAAGAAAACGGGACGGGGGGGAAAGGGCCGCGACGACCGCCACCGUCGCCGUCCCCUUCAUUCCCGAUGCCGUCCCCCCCCCUUCCCCACUCUCGCGCAAACUCGGCAGCAGGCGUAG